AUGACGCUGUUACAAGUGGAUAGCAAUCCUAAUCUCAAAACAAAACUCAUAGAACAAGAUGUCUUACAAGAAUCCCAAUUACAGCCGGUGUACUUAACCAGAGUUGAAGUCAAUGGCGGUGAGGAUUUCAGCUACCAAUUCUUCAACAAGUUGUUAUCGCCAUUGUUAACUACUGGCGAUUAUACGUUAUCCGAAUUGACUUCACGAAUCGGUCAAUCAUCGCAGCAUCUAAAGGACACUGGAGUCUUUAAGGAUGUGGGAGUUGUAUUGGAGCCCGACUAUUAUUCAAACGUUCCAGCAAACAUUACUCGAUUCAACAGGGAAUUGUCUAUCCCCGCCAAAGUCAUCUUUGAUGUUUCUAAUGUCAACUUAAACACUAAUCAAUCCUUCUUCAACUUCAAUUCCGAGGAGUAUAUCAAUUUAAAAGUAAAUCAUAUUGACAAUAAUUUUAAUGAAAAUGCCGAGUUGGUUGCUGUUGGCGUCGACUACAAUCCUUAUAAACCAUAUGACUACUUGUUAACAAACUUGAAAUUCAUUUCCGGCUUGAAAGAUCCAAGAUUCAAGUUUGUAUUUGACGUGGGUCACAAUACUAGAGACAAUCUUGGUUGGCAAAAUUUCUUCAAACAGAAUCAAUUGGGUGGUAAAAUCGGUCUCCUUUACAAAACACAGCGUGAAUUUGAUAUUUUCACCGGGUUCCAAUUACUCAAGAGAAACUUGUUUGACAUUGAUGAUGGGGCCCAUGACGACUUGAAAUUCUUUGGUGGAGAUUUCUUGAAAUUGAGUGUUUUGAAUAAAUUCAAAUACGAAAGUAUUGGAUAUUUGAAUCAUGCAACAAAGAACUUCCCAAUCAAUGGUGGUAGAAUACAAACUGAAUCUGAAUUGUCGUCAGUGCAAGAACAAAGUAACGCAUCAAGCCGAGGUGAAUUUAUCAAACUGAAAGUUGGAUUUGAUUUGUAUAAAUCGAUAUUCAACAAUUACAUCACAACAAAGUUUCAAGGAGAGCUUGGUGGGAUUUUCACUCUCAAUUCCAAAUUCCCCAUACAUCCAUUGGACAAGUUCUAUCUUGGUGGGUAUAAUUCGUUUGCCGGGUUCAAGAAAAACAGUAUUGAACAACAAGGUGGAUUACAAUUUUACAAAUUGCAAGCAACAUUAUACACCAAGAUCCCUCAAUUCUUGUACUUGCCUAAGUUGAAUGCCGAAAAUAGCGAGUUGUUGGUGGAACUGAACCCAUUGAGAUUGUACGCCACUGGUAUAGUGGGAAACUGUAUCCCUACACAAAAGAAUUUCUUUUGGAAUGAUGCAAACCCAGCGGUGUCGUAUGGGUUUGGAUUAAAGUAUUUUAACCGUUGGGCUAAUUUUGACAUUGGGUACUAUGUUAGUCAGAAGGUGGGAAUUGACAACUUUGAUGGAGUUAAAAAUGGGUUACACUUUGCAGUCUCCAUUGGUGCAUCAUCUAGCUAG